AUGACUUCGUAUCUUGCCUCCACUCAGCUCGCAGUACGAUCUCGCCUGCCCGUUGCCAACUCUUGCCUUAGACAGGCACUUAUUCGACGUCCCUUCAUCACGCUCCAAAAAGGAUCUCGCCUUCCUGUUCUUGUACGCGAGCAGGUUCUUCUUCCUCCCUCUCCUCCCAUCCCUAUUUUAUCUCCAUCCUCUCCUACUUCUCUUCUUCUCCGUCCCAAGCUCGUGAAGAGACGACAGGCCCGAGAGGCACGACCUCGUCGAUGGGUUCAGUCGCCACGCAGCUCAGCAAAUUCGUCAGAACGGCAAUCCUCGGUUUCUCCUUCGUCCUUGCAGGCCAAGAAGAAGCCUCCCGAUGUCACUGCCGCCCGAGAUGAGCCCAUAAUUACUGGCAAGAAGUAUGUCUCAUUCGGAGGAGUUUCCGUUAUCAGGCACCCCGGCUGGAUCAAUCCGUCAGAGCACGUCUUUGACCUCCCUCCCCAAGAGCCUGUCCCGCGGAGAGCAAUGCCACCGACUCUCUCAGCCCACGACGCUUUAUGCUGGCCUGACUGGGCCCUCCGAACAAGCCUACAACUUGAUAUCCAUCUCGCCGAAGACUGUGCCAACCCGAAUUGUGCCUGGAACUCAGUCGCCCAGUAUCGCCGGUGGCUUCCUUCGUGGUCGAAUGUCGAGCUUUUUCGAUCGUGGUCAUUCGUCGCUAUAAAGCUGAAUAAACGGUGA